AAAAAUUAAACAUAUUUAGUUAGAUACUUCUUAAAUAAUAUUAGUGCAAGAAAAAUUUUGUUAGUAUGCUUAAAUUAUUCAAUUAAGUUAGUCAUGAAUUAUGCUAAUAUGAGAAUUAACAUAAAAGAAAAAUGGCUAUAAUAUAUGCAUUUGUCAGCUAAAUUUUCUUUGUAACAAUGUUUACUUGUGUAGGUAUGUUGAGAAAAGGAUAUACUACAUAAGAAAUUGUAUAAGGAAGAUAAUGCAUUGGGUUUAUACUGAACUACUUGUUUUGCUAUCUAUAAAAAAUACCAAUAUAUCCUAAAAACACUUUAGAACUAAAGCUAAUGAUUAUAAGAGGAGUUAUGGGUGCAAUAGCAAUGCUUUUAAUCUUUGAAAGCUUUAAGUUACUUAACCUUUCUGAUGCAAUUGUUGUUGCAAAUACAAAUCCUAUUUGGACUACUUUUCUUGCAGCUAUAUUUUUGGGUGAGAAUCUAUCUAAAAAAUCUGUGAUAUUUUGCUUGAUAAGCUUUAUCGGUAUAGUAUUAAUCAUUAAACCAGCUUUCAUAUUUGGUGAAACUACUUAAUCAACUCAAAUAGAAGGGAGAAACUAAUUUCUUGGUGGUCUAAUUGCUUUAGUUGGAGCUAUUUGCAUUUCUUUUAUUUAAAUAGUGGUAAGUAAAAUGUAGAAAUAAAUGAAAUUAAAUAAUGCCUAAGUGUUAAUGUAUAGUUACUUCUUUACUUGUAUUAUAAGUGGCAUUGUGCAAUUAGACACUCCAAAUAAUGAAUUUAAAGCUACCCCUAAAUACUUAUGUUUGAUUUCAAUAAUUGGCGUAUUAGGAUUUAUAGCUUAACUUUUCUUCUCACGCUCAUUUACUCUUGAAAAAGCUUCAAUAAUAUCACCUCUUCAAUACACUGAAGUCAUUCUAUCAUUUAUGAUAGAUAUAUUCUUUUUUAAUGAAUAGAUUUUUUUCGUAAAUGUAAUCGGCUCUCUGCUUGUAGUUUUAGGUAGCAUAGCUAUACUAAUUUGAAAACUAAACUUAUAAGUUUACUCCUAUCUAGUUAUAUAUAUUAAUUAAUUUAUUUACUAUUUAAUUGACUUAAUUUUGAUAUAAAGAAUAAUCUCAAGAUAGACUAUUAAAAUAAUUAAGCAUCUUUGAGAUAUUUAAUUAUAAAGUAGAUGUUUCUUUAUUUUGUAAAAAUGUGUUAAGAGACAAACAUUACUUUCAUAAUUUUAUUAUCCCAAA